AUGUGUAAGGCUGUGGCAUAUCUUCAGGGCGUUGUAGUGAGCGCUUCAAUCAACACAUUGGUUGCCGUUUCUAUUGAUAGAUUCCUAUCGAUAUGUCAUCCCCUCAAAUGCCAAAUGACCAGACGGUGCGCCCGAUAUGCCAUCGCCUGUAUAUGGCUGUACUCGUCGGUCAUAGCGAUUCCAUGGGCUCUAUAUUUUACACUACAACCGAUCGACCCGUCAGUACCAGAUCUGGUGUUGUGUCUGGAGCAGUGGCCCAACGAGUACUCCGAGAAAACAUAUUUCAUUAUCGCUAAUCUAUUUCUGUGUUAUUUAAUACCAUUAUUUGUCAUAACGUCGUGUUAUAUCGCUAUUUGGAUGAAAGUCUGGCGAAGGAGUAUUCCCGGGGAGACCGCAAAACCACUUCAAAUUGAAUACCUUUUGCAAAGAUCUAAACUAAAGACAGCGAAAAUGUUUGUCGUUAUUGUAAUCAUAUUUGUGAUGUCGUGGUUACCCCUGUACUGUAUAUUCGCGGUAAUCAAGUUGGGCGGACCCAUUGAGUCGGACAGCAUUCAAGAGCGACUGUUAAUGAUUUUAGCGCCGAUAGCGCAAUGGUUGGGCGCUUCCAACUCAUGCUAUAAUCCAAUGCUCUAUUGUUUCUUCAAUAAGAAGUAUAGAAUCGGUUUCCUAUCGCUAUUGAGAGCCAGAAAGUGUUGCGGCCGUAAGUAUUGA